UGUUGUUGUUUAAAAAAAACACGAUUACUUAUUUUCUUUUUUUAAAUUGGGGCAAAUAAUACUGUUAACUUUUAUAAUUUUUCAUACACUUGCUCCACAAUCUUGUACUUUUGUGUUCAUAUUUUGUAAAAUCGUUGGACUUUCUGUACUUUAUCCUUUAUUUAUUAAUUCCCUCUCUAGUGAAUGACUUGGUUAUUUAUGAAGUUGUUGUGCGCACUCCGGCCAGCAGGGGGCGGUGAGCGUGCUGGGUGUUAAAGGAGGAAGCACUCCUUGUAAACACACGUGAACUUCGCAGAGUAAAGAAUAAGCCGUGCACGCCCGUCUUCGUGGAGAGGAGCGCGGGGACAGUCUCAGCUUUUCAUAAUGUAUUUUUUCCACUUCUGGUGAACUCUGCUGUUCCUUAUUCCGGCCCACUUUUCAACCAAUCAGCAUUUAACUGAUGCACAGUGUCGUCCACAUCGGGCACUGCACAGUUGAGAUUUUGUUCGAUUGCAAUGGUGAUUAAAAACCUGCCUCCAGAGGCAAAUACUGACACAACCUUGGUAGAAUAAAUUAAGCACAAGGCAGAUUUCUUCUACUUGGGUGCCCCUCGCAAACAGAACCUUUGAACAGCAGGUGGAGUUUUUACAUGGGAAGUUGGAUUUUGGAGCUGGGAGUGAUUUCGUACCCAAGUAAACCCCAUGGCAGGCUUCCAGGAAGUGUCUGGAGUAUAACAUAAUGAUUAUUCAUUUAUUUACUGUGCUUAAAAAUGGCACCUCAGCACAGAGAGCCUGGUCAGUACCACGUGUAUGGUUUAUUUAGCAGUCACAAAUACAGAACAGUGGUUGUACAGAUUACAAGUUCUCACCGCAGCCAGCUUGGAUUACAAAGGUAGGGUUGGUGUGAUGUCUCUGACUUUUUACGUGGGAAGUCCGACUUGAUUAAGGGUUUUAGCUGAAAAUUCCAGCUGCAAACUUGAAAUUUCCAACUUCUCACUUAAAUUGGAAUACAGCACGGAUCCACGAGAUGACCAUUUUAAGGGUGUCUUUAGCGUCUGAUAUCAGUUGAAUGCAAGAGUAGUAAAGAAGUGUUUGAAACUGAGCGUUUAGUGUAGUCUGAAGCCUAAAUGUUUAGUUUACAGGGAUUACUUGUUCAUAUGCUUACCUCAUUUGAAACUUUGACUGUUUAAAUAUGAGAAUUAAUACAACAGAAAAUAUGGCACGGAAUAGGUCCACUUUAAUGUGACUGAGAAUGAAGAAAACCAGGUUAGAGUAACAUUUGUGAAGACACUUAGCGGCACUCGGAAGUUUAUUUAAUGCACAAAAUUAGCUGCGGUUCUUCAUUUGCAUCUGCAUCAAAUAUCUCCAAAAUGCAUGAGAACCCUGCCUUCUCUAACACCUGUAACAAGUAGAGUGUAUGUAAUAAAGGAGAUAAGCAGCACAUCUGAAGCCUUAAUCUGAGAUUUUGACUGUCAUCAUCUUAUUUUCAUCUUCAAACUGAAGGAGGGUGGAUCCGAGUAACAAACCAAGGGACACUGCGUGUUGCAGGACUGACUUGUCAAUUGCAGGCUUCCCCAAUGUGAUUGGUGCCAUAGACUGCACACAUUGCAAUCAAGGCCCCCCCAGGCCCCAAUGAAGGGGAUUUUGUCAACCGAAAGGGGGUCCACAGUAUAAAUGUGCAGAUGGUGUGUGACUCCAUGUGCCACAUCACAAAUGUGGAAGCUAAAUGGCCCGGAUCAGUGCAUGAUUCAAGAAUCUUCAGAGAGUCAGGGUAAUGCACAUUAUUUGAGCGUGGAACACAGUGCUGCGCUGGCUUCGGCACCUAAUCUUGCGUCCCUCAUUGGCUCCUCCCAAGUGUCUCCAUCUCUGCUGCUCGCUGCCAGAGAGGAUCAGUCCUUCAUUGACCCGGUCAAAGCUGGAACAAGCACCUCUGUUUACAAGACGUUGAUGGGCAGCGUGCCAGACAGAGGAGGACGACCUGGGGAAAUUGCCUCCUAUGCCAGCAUGGACAGGGAGGAGCUCGAAAGGCAACAGAGGGGGAUGAGGAGGCGGACAAUCUCAUAAGCAUAAGAAGAAGAAAGGGAAAAAAGAUUAACUUGUCCAUCUUUUUGGCCUUACUUAUCAAUUUAAGAAAUAAGUGAUCAUUUUGCUUUAUUGAAAUCCUUGUUGCGAGGUAAACUACGAUUGGGAAGUGCUGCAUAUAAUUUUGUAGUUAUAAAUCUGUGUAUAAUUUAUAGUUAUAAGUCAUGCACAUACCAGAUUGUGUACAUUUCUAUAAAAGCAAUGAAGUCAAGUCAAGUCAAGUUGGCUUUAUUGUCACUUCAGCCAUAUACAGUUUGUACACAGUGAGGCGAAACAGCGUUCCUCCAGGGCCAAGGUGCUACAUGCAACAUAAAUUUACAACAUAAGUUAACAGAAAAUCACUAAACUAGCUAACUAGAGACAGGACAGACUGACCUAACAUAAAUUACAACAUAAAUUAACAAAAACUAACUAUCUAACUAAAACUAACUAUUCUAGCUAGGUAAGUAGUGCAAAGGAAACCGUAAACAUCCUUGGUAUGUAGGUAGUGCAGGAACAGUAAACAUAAAAAUAUUGUGCAAAAAGAGCAUUUACAGGUUGAUGUGUAAGUCCAGUCUCAGUGCUUUGAGGUAGUUGAGUUGAGCUGAGUGAUAGAGUGUGUGUGUGUGUGUGUGUGUGUGUUUAUCAGUCCAGUCCCUUUUUGUUGAGGAGACGGAUGGCUUGUGGAAAGAAGCUGUUGCACAGUCUGGAUGUGUGUGCCCGAAUGCUUCGGAUACUGGUACAUGACCAGAUAUUUUGGUAAAAGAGCAGAAAAUGGAAAAAAUGUUGGCUUUCCACAUUUAUCAGUAGGUUUGUUUAAGAAUAAACCUCUGAAACACACA